GAUGACCCGGUUUGCGGCAUUUGCUAGGAGCCUAGGAUGCACUAAAACCGGUUCUGUAGAGAACUCCGCAUAACAAACCCGAAAGAUGCUCCCAUCAUCCUUGCCGAGCUUAAUAGCUGGUAGUUGUAGUACAAGCGGCCACCACUUGCCGCGGCGAUGGCCAGCCACCAGCUACGCCUCUUGGAGCUGCUGCUGAUGCUCCUGCUCUCGUCGGCUUCCCAUGCCCGGGACAUCAUCUCGCCGGGCCAGCCGCUCAGGGGCAACGACACACUGGUCUCGUCCGGCGCCGGCAGUUUCGUGCUGGGCUUCUUCACGCCGCCGGGCUCCAACAACACCUACGUCGGGGUGUGGUACGCCAAGGUCUCCGUCCGCACCGUCGUCUGGGUCGCCAACCGCGCCGACCCCGUCCCGGGCCCGGUGGAGCGCAACGCCCGCGCGACCCUGUCCGUCUCCGCCGACGGCACGCUCUCCGUCGCUGGCCCCAACUCCACCGUUGUCUGGUCGGUCCCCCCAGCGCCGGGAGCGGGCGCCGGCCGGUGCACGGCGCGGUUACUGGACAGCGGGAACCUCGUCGUCUCGGACGCGAGCGGCGCCGUGGCGUGGCAGGGGUUCGACCACCCCACCGACACUCUGCUCCCGGGGAUGAGGGUGGGGAUGGACUUCGGCACCGGCGCGAACAUGACGCUGACGGCGUGGACGAGCCCCUCCGACCCGUCCCCCGGGCCGUUGGUCGCGGUGAUGGACACCUCCGGCGACCCAGAGGUGUUCAUCUGGAACGGCGCCGAGAAGGUGUGGCGGUCCGGGCCCUGGGACGGCCUGCAGUUCACGGGUGUCCCGGACACGGCCACCUACAUGGGCUUCAACUUCAGCUUCGUCAACACCCCCAAGGAGGUGACCUACAGCUUCCAGGUGGCCAACUCGAGCAUCGUCUCCCGGCUAACGCUCAACAGCACGGGCGCCGCCGGCGGGCUGCUGCAGCGGUGGACGUGGGUGUGGUCCGCCGGCGCGUGGAACAUGUACUGGUACGCGCCCAAGGACCAGUGCGACGCCGUGAACCAGUGCGGGCCCAACGGGGUGUGCGACCCCAACAGCCUGCCGGUGUGCGAGUGCCUCCGCGGGUUCGCGCCGCGGUCGCCGGAGGCGUGGGCGCUGCGGGACAACCGGGCCGGGUGCGCGCGCGCGACGCCGCUCGACUGCGGCAACGGCACCGACGGCUUCGCGCUGAUGGCGCACGCCAAGGUGCCGGACACGACGGCCGCCGUGGUGGACUUCCGCGCCGGGCUCGCCGAGUGCGCGCGGCUGUGCCAGAGGAACUGCUCGUGCACGGCGUACGCCAACGCCAACCUGAGCGGCGCGCCGGGCCGCCGCGGCUGCGUCAUGUGGACGGGCGCGCUCGAGGACCUCCGCGUGUUCCCCAACUACGGCCAGGACCUCUACGUGCGCCUCGCCGCAGCCGAUCUCGAUGCAAUUAGCAAGUCCGAUAAGAAGGCGCACGUCAUAAUUGCAGUCGUUGUGAGCAUCUGUGCACUGGUAGCUAUUUUAGCACUUGUAGGGUUCUUCUUGUGGAGAAGAAAGAGGACAAAAGCAAGACAAUCAGGUUCACAAAGUAAAUGGAGUGGUGUUUUGCACAGUAGAACACUACAAAGUGAAGGAACUAGUCAUGGGGUCGAUCUGGAUCUGCCAAUAUAUGAUCUGGAGACAAUAGCAGAAGCCACACAAGGCUUCUCAACUGACAACAAGCUCGGUGAAGGUGGCUAUGGGCCAGUAUACAAGGGUAAGCUUGAGGAUGGACAAGAAAUAGCUGUCAAAACACUUUCUCAGGCAUCGACACAGGGUCCCGAUGAGUUCAAGAAUGAGGUUAUGCUGAUAGCGAAACUCCAGCAUCGAAAUCUUGUUCGGCUGAUCGGCUGCUGCAUCUGUGGACAAGAGAAGAUACUCAUAUAUGAAUACAUGGAAAACAAAAGCCUGGACUUCUUUCUGUUUGACAAAUCCAGAAGCAUGCUUCUUGAUUGGCAAACCCGGUACCGCAUAAUCGAGGGGAUUGCCCGAGGUUUACUGUAUCUUCAUCAGGACUCGAGAUACAGGAUCGUCCACAGAGACCUCAAGACAAGCAACAUUCUUCUGGAUAAGGACAUGACCCCGAAGAUUUCAGAUUUCGGCAUGGCGAGGAUAUUCGGUGGUGACGACUCUGAGAUCAAUACGCUUCGAGUGGUCGGAACGUAUGGCUACAUGGCUCCCGAGUACGCGAUGGACGGGGUUUUCUCGGUGAAAUCAGACGUGUUCAGCUUCGGUGUCAUAGUGCUGGAGAUCAUAACCGGUAUCAGGAACAGAGGCGUGUACAGCUACUCCAACCACCUAAACCUUCUAGCACAUGCGUGGAGCUUGCUGAGCGAGGGGAAGAGCCUGGAGCUGGUGGACGAGACCCUGAAAGGGACGUUCGACUCGGAGGAGGUGGUCAAGUGCCUCAAGGUGGGGCUGCUGUGCGUGCAGGAGAACCCGGACGACCGGCCGCUCAUGUCGCAGGCGCUCAUGAUGCUCGCCGCCGCCGACGCCGCGUCCCUGGCGGCCCCCAAGCAGCCCGGCUUCGCGGCGAGGCGAGCCGCGGCGACGGCGACGGUGACGGUGACGGAGGACACGUCGUCGAGCAGGGCCGACCGCAGCUUCGUGGACAGCAUGACCAUCACCAUGAUCGAGGGCCGUGAAAAGAAAUCAAUGGAUGGGUGAGGGUUGAAGUUGUCCGUCAGACCUUGCGGACGGCGCCGUCGCGGCCAUGGGAGGAUUCGCGGAAAAACACGGCCGCAACCGCAGAUUCCGAAACCGGCGACGGCGGGAGGAAAAUGCCCCACGAUGACUCCACCUUUUUAUCUUUUGCGGCGAAAUUCCCGCAUUACUUUGGGCCAGAGCACGGAAGGCCGUGGCACACGGCCCAUGUCUUCGGGAACAUAUUUUCCGCGCAUCCUAUGAGAAGUUUUGUUCCCUCAAAGAAAAGAAAAAAAAAAGAGAACUUUUGUUUUUCUUUUGUGAUGAUGGCGGCCUCCCAUGAGAAGAUGUGAUAAUUCUUAAAGAAAAAAUGGGAUAGCUAGCACCGUGUUUUCAUGAUUUCAUCCAACAUUGGAAUUCCAAACUAUAGGUGUUUUUCUUCUACUCGUAUUAAUCAUUUCUUUUUGUUGGCUUA